ACCCUUUUCAUCAAGCAAAAAAAGAAACUCUCAUAACUUCCUCUGUUUUCUACUAAAUUCAAUUCGUUAACAAUAUAUAACAAUCCAAUACCAAAAUUCAAGAAAUCCUAUUAACGAUGCAUUCGAAUUGUGAACUAGAAAAUGAUUAUGCUAUUCUUGAAUCAAUUAGGCGUCACUUACUUGAAGAUUGGGAAGCUCCGUUCACCAGCUCUGAAAAUUCAACAACCUCAGAGUUCAGCAGGAGCAACAGCAUUGAAUCCAAUAUGUUUACUAAUUGCUUAUUGGAUGAAUUUGAUUAUACACCUAGAAGUUUUCAUAACGAUAUUCCUAACGAAGGAUUUGGAUUUGGACUCGAGACUUCUGAUUUUAUAAUCCCCAAUGUCAAAUUGGAAAUGUCAAUCGAAUCGCCUGAAAUAUGGAAUUCACCGGAACUUGUGGCGGCAGCGGAGGUGAAAGUGGAAUCUCCUGUGGUGACGCCGCCGCAGCCAAAGGCGGCAAAGCAUUAUAGAGGUGUGAGAGUGCGACCGUGGGGGAAAUUCGCGGCGGAGAUUAGGGAUCCGGCGAAAAAUGGAGCAAGGGUUUGGCUCGGUACGUAUGAGACGCCGGAGGAUGCAGCGUUGGCCUAUGACAAGGCGGCGUUUCGCAUGCGGGGAUCACGUGCAUUGUUGAAUUUUCCAUUAAGGGUUAAUUCCGGUGAACCGGAACCUAUUAGAGUCGGUUCGAAGAGAUCGUCAUCGUCGCCGGGGCAUUGUUCAACGGCGUCGUCGACAAAGAGGAGGAAGAAGGUUGCUCAGACAACCGAGUAAAUAAGUCCCAAGUGGGUCCUGUAUAGCAAUAAAAAAUAGAAUUAUCUCCUCUCUUCUUUUUUUUUGCUGUAGUACUUUCUUUAAUUUUUCGGCUGUGGUUGAUGAAAUUAACGAAAAUUUAAUAUAAUUUUAAAAAAUAAAACUUGUGAUAUUGAUGUAAAUAACGAAAGUCAAACUUACGUAUUCCAUCCAACUAGUCGAAUUUUAUUACCAAAGAAAACGAUAUUAAGAUAACGAGGGGAUUCCCAUCUACAUGUAUAAUAUAAUGUG